AGUCGAGCAGCGCAGACGCGUUGUGCUCCGCGCGUUCCUCCGUACAGGCAACAAUAGUAAUAAGCGACGACGGCAGCGCGAGUACGAUUGAUUAACCUGGCCACGUCACUAUCGGAGUCAGCAAUUACGAGAGUGGAUAGUACUCGAAGUAAUCAUUUAAUCUGGUUAACUUCGUAUAUUGUCUCACUUCGAGAAGAGAAGUGACAGUAUCUCUCUCGUUGCUGCGGGUCGUCAUGUUAAUUCAAAGGAACGCUGGGUGUUAGAAAAGAAAGAGAGAAAAAGAAAGGAAGAGAAAACAGCGAUAUAUAGAAAAAAAAUCAAACAGAGAAUUGAAGGUUCGACGUAGGCCUAAUAUGCCUUGUCGCGAGUGAGGGUGGUGAUUCUCCUAUGGACUUUCCUGAAGGAGGGGCGAAGAAAGUGGAGUUACUUUUUCCUUAUAAAGAACGGGAGAGAGGAGAUAAAACGAUCAAAGAGCAAGGGGAGAAGAGAUUCAACGCGUACGAAUAAGUGUUGUCGCGCGCGCGAGGAGGCAUGCCUACGAAGGGGGAGAGGGGUAAAGCGACGGACUUUAGUAUCGCGGCCAUCAUGGCGCCCAGAGGUCCGUCCUUCGCGCAUUACCACCUGCAGGGCAUUGACAACGCCGCUGCUACUACUAACACCAACCUGGAAUGCCCGGGCAGCAAAGGAUUCGUUACCGGUUCUACACUAGAUCACCACGUCCGAUCGUCGCCGGUAAACAUCGUCGCGAGAGCUACGGUGAUGACGGACGAGACUAUGUUGGGCGGCGAUGAGGAGGUCGAGAACGGCGAGGGCGAGGGCGAGGGCGAGGGUGAGGGCGAGAGUGAGGGCACCGAGAAGUCCAUGAACGAGGAGGAAGAGGAGGCGGACGUGGACGUAGAGGAGUGUAGCAGCGUCGAAGACGGUUCGUUGCACAGGAUGCUGGCCGACGACCUGGGUGGUAAUGGGGCGUCGUCGCGGAAAUGCACGGACGAUGCCAGCGUGAGCGAGGAUACGAAGGUGCGUCUGAGGACCAGCUGUAACUCCGACGAGCUGCGUGACGUCGAGUGCCACCUCGAGACCAAGGAUCUCUGGAAAAAGUUCAACAGCCUCGGCACGGAGAUGAUCAUCACGAAGACUGGCCGACGAAUGUUCCCGACUUGCCGGGUAUCCUUUAGCGGGCUCAAGACCGAGGGCCAUUACUCGGUGCUGAUGGACAUCGUGCCGCUCGACAACAAAAGAUACCGAUACGCCUAUCAUCGUAGCUGCUGGUUGGUGGCCGGCAAAGCGGACCCGCCGGCACCCGCGCGACUUUACACGCACCCAGACUCUCCCUUUACCGGCGAGCAGUUGAGAAAACAGAUUGUCUCCUUCGAGAAGGUGAAACUGACGAACAACGACAUGGACAAGCACGGUCAGAUUGUGCUCAACUCGAUGCACAGGUAUCAGCCGAGGAUACACCUAGUUCUUUGUCGACACACCGAUAAUAACGAUUUGAAAAUUACCGACCUCCAGAAGGAAGAGCACAAGACGUUUAUCUUUCCGGAGGUUAUUUUCACCGCCGUCACGGCAUAUCAGAAUCAGUUGAUAACGAGACUGAAGAUCGAUAGUAACCCGUUCGCCAAAGGUUUCAGAGACUCGUCUAGACUGACCGACUUUGACCGAGAUCCUAUGGAGAUGAUGGAGCAACAACUGAUGAGAUGUGGCGUACCUCCGGUCAGACUUUACGAGCACAUAGCCAUGUCGUCCCCAGUAGCGGCGGCAGCGGCCGCUGCGGCGCUCGGCUCGCAGCAACAGCAGCAGCAGCAACAACAACAACAUCACCAGUCAUCCGCGCAGCAGCAGCACGAGAACGGCGGCCACCCGUUACCCUGGCUACCACCGUCGACGCUCUUGUACGGAGCAAGGGGUGCCACGAGCUCACCCUCGCCCUACUCCACCCCCGCCGCCGUCGGCCCGGCCUUCGCGUAUCCGUUGUGGUCCUGGCAACCAUCCCCGGUCGCAAUGAUCUCGCGACGAUCGUCGCCCCCUAUCGCCCCCGCGCCCCCCGGCCUCAGGUAUGUACCGUAUCAAGCAACGGCCAGCACACCCCCGCCACUGCGGGCACGCCCGUCCUCCCCCAAUUAGCGAUCCCCACCGGCGACUCGGCGACCGCUGCAUCAUCGUUCCUCCUCCCUCUGUCUGUGAUCGAGCGACCGAAACCGAAAAGCGGAACCGGCUGUCUGUCUCGGCGAGUUUGCUACGUUGGCGGACGUCGUAGGCGAAUCGUGCUCGUGCGAUGUGGAAAUUAAGUGAAACGCGUCGUUGUUGCUUGGACUGUUGUAUGUACGCUUCAGGUGAAUCCCAAUUAAAACAAUCGGUUUAAGACAGCUGGGCGAUAAGGUAACAGUCCUAAUUAUGGGUUAUUUAAAGUUAGGGUAACCUUCAUUCAUUUACAUGAAUUUGUCGAUUGAAUUUCACUCUAAAUUUCUUGAAGUGGAGUCUCACUUAAAACGAUUGAAAAGUGGCAGUAUUUUUAUUGAAUGCGAUAGUGAAAAUAUUGCCUACUCGAAAUCGCAGAAGUGAAUUUUUCAUUUAAACUUAGAAUGGUUUUUGAGUUCAUAUGGGUGAGUGUUUCAAUCAAUUAGAGUGAAUAUGUUCCUGUAACUGUGAAGUACACCAAAUUUACUCUUCAAUUUCAUGUGAAAAAAAUAUUUACUCGACGAAUAGAUAAUCACUCUAUAUGAUUGAAAAAUUACUCCGUGACUCUGUAAUCACCUUGCUUUUUGCACAAAAUUUAACUCCAAGAAAUUUAGGAGGAAUAUUGAAAGAAACUGUUGUUACAAAUAAAAGCAAUAAUCAUCACAGUUUUAAAGCCAAAAUAAUUAGAUUUUAAAUUAAUAGAUAAUUGGGUUUUGAAUUAAUGGAUUUCAAGUUUCAGAAGGAUAUCUAAAAAUAUGUACACGCGUGUAAGUCCUAAUCAUGAGUCAGCAAAUUAUCUCAUAUCUCUAUAACGGGUCAUAGGAUAUUAAAUUCUCAAUAGAAAAAAAUUACAUAUCAAGUAAAAGGAGUCACAUUCGCUAUAAAUUUUUGCAAGUCAUAACGCUAGUUAAUAAUUUAUAUCUUGCUUAUGAAAAUUUAAGGGAGAUCCUGAUAACUUUGACAACGCAAAAUGAGAAUAGUUUUGAAAGAUAUUUAAAUGAUAAUGUAAACCGAAUAUUAUUAUUUAUUUAUUAUUUAUUUUAUAAAUUUUCAUAGAACUUUCAAGUGAAAUGAUAUAAAAAGUUCAUAUACAGCUUGUACUUCUUAAUAACAAUAUUUCUGUUCUCGAUAUUUCUAUUUUCGAUGUUUAAUGUUGACAUACAGAGAAACAUACUAUGAAAUUUUUCUCGCGAUUCAUUAUACAUAUUAGCUUGAAUAGAAAUCUUGUUGAUUUUUUUGGUAUCUAUUAAUUUUAUAAUAUCUCAGACUCAUCAAUUUAAUAAGGCAGAUAUUUAAUAGAAAUCUUUAUUUAUUUUGUAAAUAAAUAAUAAAUCUUAGAUAGCCUGUUUUGUUUAAUCUUAUCGUAGUUAAAUCAAUUUAUAAAAUCUGUGAAAAAGAAUGUACUAUUUAAUCAUUUAGUUUAUUAUUUUAUUUAAAAAAAUUAUAAUUUAACUUACGAAAGAAAUAAACAGUACUAAUAUAAUAGCUCUAGUAUAAAAGUAUUUAAUACUUAUAUAUAUAUUUAUUUUAGAAGUUUAUAUUUUUUAUCGUGUAUUUAACAACAUACAUAUUUCGUAAACUAAAAUUACUACGAUUUGCGAGUUUUAUGUUGCUGUUAAAAAAAUAGUUAAAAAAUUGUGGUAAUUAUAUAUUUACAUUAACGGACAACUCCAUAACCUUCUCAUAUAUGUGUUAUUAAAUAUAUAAUUUUGAUAUAAUAAUCAAAAAGUUUUAGCCGUUGGUCUUUGUUUAUUAAAAAGUUAUUAACAAAAAAGUUUGAAGAUUAUACUAGUUUUAUUUCGUAACAAACGUUCAAUAUAAUGACAACAUAAGUUGUCACGAGCAAUAUCCUGAGUAAUAAUCAAAAUUUUAGCCGAUGGUCACUGUCACAAAAGAAUUUUGAAGUUUGAAUUUUGAAAAGAAGUUUGAAGAAUGUAACAAUUUAUAUUAUAUAGAAAAAGUUAAACGUUUAUUUCUUAUCAAUUUACAUCUUAUUAAAUUGCUGCUGACAUCUUCUGCUUUACUAAAUUGAUGUGUCUGCUGUAUACUAAAAAUGGGUACUUUGCAUAGAUUAGCAAAGACCCCUACAUAAGAUCAAAUUUAAGCCAAUAUAUACCUUGCGUAGGUGCCUUUGUUCUUUGUUAUUGUCACGUCACUGAAGUUAUCGAAAUUGUGUCGAAAUCCGCAAGUAAAUUUCAAAGUAAAAUCCAUCUUACGAAUGUUAAUUCUUUGUUUGAAGAUAAUAGUUAUUAUCCAGGUUACUUAUUCAAUAGUGAUUGGCCAGUAAACUUGCGUUGUAAUGCAAUAUUGGAGAUAUUAAAUUUUUUGCUGGCUUCUCUAAUCCAUUCUGAAGAGAAUAAAAUAUGUUUGUUACUCGCGUGGAAAGUUUAAAUGAAAAACCCUAUUAACUUUUUUUUUUAGUAUUUUUAUAAAUUUUGGUAUGAGUUUACAUUAUGUAAAUUAAUAAAAAUAUUGUAGUAUGUGAGAAUUAAUAAAUAUAAAAAAUAAUGGCAAUACAGCAGUUGUUUCUGUAAAAUCUAUUUUUUCAUGAUGAGUCUAAUAACUUCUUAUAAACAUUUCUGUAUAGAUAAAAGAAUAUGUAAUGUAUACUUUAUAUAUUAUCAUAACUGAUUUA